CGGCGGGGGACGGGGCGGCUCCGCGCGAUGGCGGCUCCGCGACGGCCGAGCGGAGGGGGACCGCGGCGUGCCCCGCAGGACGGGCGGCUGGAGGAGAUCAAUAAGGAAUUUCUCUGUGACCCAAAGUUCAGCGAUGAGGAAGAUCUGGAGGAGAAGCUGGCAGUGUUCAAGGAGAAGUACAUGGAGUUUGACCUGAACAACCAAGGCGAGAUUGAUUUGAUGUCUGUCAAAAGGAUGAUGGAGAAGAUGGGUGUUCCGAAGACCCAUCUAGAGCUGAAGAAGAUGAUCUCUGAGGUGACCGGAGGGGUUAGCGAGACCAUCUCCUACCAGGACUUCGUUAACGUGAUGCUUGGCAAACGCUCUGCUGUACUUAAACUGGUCAUGAUGUUUGAAGGAAAAGCCAAUGAAAGCAAUCCAAAACCUUCCGGUCCGCCUCCGGAGAGAGAUAUAGCCAGCCUCCCUUGAAGAGGACAGGCUGGAAAAUUGGCACUGUUUGCUUUGCUGGUCUGUAACGGAGGUUACCUGUGCUUUGUUACUCUUUACUGUGAACAGUCCUAGUUUUCAACUAACCUGCCUUAGAGGAACAGCAAGGGAAGCUGGUAACCCCAGCUCGCAUCUUUCUGCAGUAUCCGCUAGCUAACUUGAUUUCCUAGACAGAAGCUGUAGCACCAAGUAUAAUGUGAGACCAAAAAAAAGUCCUGUGAUCUUAACUCUUUCCCCUGCCCUUCUUGAUGAUGCCCUGAUGGAUUCAGAGCUGUGCUUGUCACAGCAGGUUCCUGAAGAGACUUGCUAUCAGAUAGCAGCUUCAUGGGUGCAAAUAAGUGCCUUCUGUUCUGUCCUAUGCUUCCUGACCGGAGUCUAGACCCUAGUCCUGGAUCUGUGUCCUCAUCAGCUCCAGGAGCAAGUUCUACACAAUCAGCAUGGGAUGUCCCUGAUGUGCCUGGGUUCUCUACUUUUGGAAGACCUUUGUCAGCUGCUGAGGCUGCAAUGUUGUAAGGGAACACUUCUCAUUGAAUUUAGCAGCUAAAGGACAUUCAUUGGGCUUCACCUUGAACGAAGUGCUUAUCACAGGUGUUCACGUUUUCAGAAGUCACUGCCUGAAGUCCCCACCUCCCUCAAAGGCAGUAGGGCCACGGUGCCCUUCUGUUCUCAGGCCAAUUUUCUGGGUCCUUCCUCUGUAGUUUGCCUUAGGGACAGGAUCAGAGCUAACCUGUCAGCAGGAACAUGCUCUGUGAGUAACCAUGCAGACAGUGUCCUGCUAGCUCCUACUAGAAAUGAGAUUAGAAAUUGUGUCCAUUGUAUUAAUGGCUGGCUACAAGGCAAAGGCAAGAACUCGCUAUGGGAGCUGUGAACAAAAUGCAGACAAACUCAGGGCUGUCUCUGCAACCCUGAUGCAUAAAUCCAACUGAGCCACGACUACAGGAAUAAGUUCUGCAAAGUCUGUUUCAUCUGAGGAAAAGCCACUGGCGCAUUGCUCUUUUUAGCUUUAGGUCCUUCCCCCUGCCCCUUCCUGGUUUAGGGUUUGUUCUGCUUUUCUCAGCCUAUGAGACUUGUUGAUCAGCCGUAGCAAAAGAGGCAAGCAGAGAGUCACAGAGGUGAUCUGCAAAAGGCCGAGCUGUAGUCCUGUUCUGGAAAGGGAGAAGUCUGACACCAGCAAGCGACUUUAGGAUCCUCUUUCUGAUAAAACUACUUGGAUCAGACCAGGAGCAUAAUUGCUGAACAACUUCACUGUCCAAGUGUAGAAACAAGCCUGCUGUUACACCUUUGCAGCCCAUCAGGAAGGCUUUGGAGGAAAUUAGAAGGAAGCUAGAGGUGCCCAAACUGUGAGCCCUGUGAGCUUUUCCAAACCAGCUGUGGAUGAAGAUCUUUCUUCAUGCAGCUGCUCUCUUUGACUUUGCAGACUGCUCUGCAUGUGUUUCAGCUUGGUCCUGUGGGACUACCAGACACACUUCCCUGAUGUAUAAACCCCAAAGCUUACACACUAAUGAUGGCUGUGUGGACUAAGUGCGGGGACUGUGCUGCCCACACUCUGGUUACUGCAGUGAAUCUUGCUCUUCGCACAACUUCUGGAAUCCAGAUGUUUGCUCUUUGCCCUUUCCCCGUUUUUCUUAAAUGUUCUUGGCAGCUUUGAACUUUUUAAAAUCGGUUGAAUAGUUUUUAAAGGAAAACACAGAUGAUUAACUUGCCUAGGCUUAUUGUUCCUGCCAAAGGCUGCACUUUUAAAGAAAAAACAUUCUCACUACUGUCCGCAUGAUAACCAAAACUGUAAUGGAGAGAAAAAUUGUAAGAGCAGCACCAGUCUCCUUUAAAGACUGAAAAUAAAUCUCCUGAAGCCA